AUGAAAUGUAGAUUAUUAGAAUGUGAAAUUGCCAAUCACCAAAAGACUCUCGAUGUAUACCGUACCGAUUAUGACCAAUUAAAAAAAAUGAUCGAAACAGAAGAGCUCUAUCAUCGAAAACACCAAGCAAAUAAGCAGAUGUUCGAUAACCUCAUCGAUAAACAAUCAUUUGAUGGUUUUAUAAGAGAUAAGCUACUGGUUGACAGGACUUCGAAAUCUAGUGACCCAAUUGUUCAAGCGAUAAACAAUUUGUUUAAUUUUGGAAAAUCAAACGAAUUAAAGUCUACAUGGCUCAUUCCUCUAGGUGUCGUAGGAGAAGAAACAGUGAAACAAAUAGCCUACCAAAUCUUUCCGAGAAACUCCUCUGUACCACCUUGCAUAGUGGAAAGCAGUACAAUUCCAAAAGAUACACAAAUUUACUUGAAUAGUAGUCAGACACAAGAACAAUUGAGUCAAUAUGCACUCGAAUCUUUAAACGGUAUCAAAUUGACAGCCAAUGAUGACUGUAUAAAAAAUGCAUCAAUAGUAAUUUGUUCAAUUUUUUAUAAACCUUGUAAUUUAUUUAAUGAAUCUUCUCUUAAUGUAACAUUUCCAUCUUUGCCGUGCCAAUCAAUUUGUCAAAAAGCAGAGGUUGCUUGUGUAGAUUUCCUAUCACUAUUUCCUAUAUCAUGUAAAGAUCAAACCGAUGGUGUUCCUGAUUUUCCAAAUUCAACUACAACCUACCCUCUCACACCAACCUCCACACAAACCAUAGACAUCACAUGUAACAAUGCUUAUGUAUCAAAUUCGAAUUAUACAUUUUGUUUAGAACCAUUGAUUUAUGUUGAUGAAGAAAUGGAAAAGGAUCCACUAUACUACACAGUCAUUGGAAAGUGUGCUCUUCCAUGUCCAUUUGAAAUAUUCUCUGAAUCCGCAGAGGAUGCAAUUUAUUAUCUCCAAACAGUUUUAGUUUCCUUUAGUUUUGUUGGUUCAGUCUUUCUAAUAGUUUUCUAUGGAAUAUUACCUAAUGAAAUUAUUAUUAAAUUUGAAAUUAUUCUUUCAUUUGCAAUUUCAACUAUAUUUUUAGAAAUAUCAUAUUUCUUUGUAGAUAAAAGAAAAGAAAACUUUUGUGAUGGAAACCGAUAUAUUAGAUCAAAAGAUGCUGUAUGUGUAUUCAAUGGGUUAUUCUUUCAAUUUGGGGGUCUAUCAAUGAUUUUCUGGUGGACUACUAUUUGUUAUGAUUAUUUCCUCUCUAUUCGAAUGGAAAAAUUCAAACAUUUCAAAUAUUUUAGAAUUAUCAUUUGGUCGGUCUCUAUAUUGUUUACUUUUAUCCCACUCAUUGGUAAACAAUAUGCUGCGACACCUGCCACUUCAGGAUGUUGGAUUAAUGGUGAUAAUUCAGAUACCUGGCAAUAUAUCUUUUUCUUUGUACCAUCAUGGAUUUGUUUAAUUCUUAUUUUAUUUUUUACUAUUUAUUCAAUUACAAAGAUUUACUCUAUUUAUAAGAUUUUACAUGAUAAAAAAGUUAUUAUAUAUACAAUUAAACAAAUAUUUGUAAUGGUAUGGGUACUUUUCAAUUUUAGUUUUGUUACAGCAUUCAAGUUUUAUAUUAGUGCCAAAAAGGAUACCUAUUUUGAUGCAGUUAGGGAUUGGGUACAAUGUAUUGCCAAAGAUGGAGAUGACAAUUGUCGUCUAAAAAUUGAUGACUAUCAGUUUAGAUUACUACAGAUUAUCACAACUUGUGAUGCUGGAAUCAUUGGUUUUAUUGCAUUUGGUAUUGAGCCAAGUAAUCUCAUUACACUAAGAACCUCAAGAAUUGCAAGAAGAUUAUUUAACAUGAUCAAUGUUUCUUUCAGUUCAGAAGAUACCCUUUCCGAUCCAUCUAGUGCUGCUUCACAAAGAAAAAGUACAAUCCAAAUGAAAAAGACUUCCGGAAGCAGUAUAUUCCUUAGCAAUAACAGUUCCUCCUCAUCCUCGACAACAAUAACCACUACCGGCUCAGUUGUUAGCAAUGAAACACUCACACCGUCACUCGAAUCGGAACCAUCCACGACAACGCCACCUCAACAACCAUAA